AUGGGUGGUGCAAUUAAAAGAGGUUCUGAAAAUAUCGUUCAAAGUUCCACCAAUAAUGUUGAAACUUCAACUCCUUUGGAACAACGUCCUUCUAAACUUCCAAGAGUCAAAUCUAAAGAUGUUGAUACAUCUUCUUUGGUGAGGGAUCCGGGGUUGCGUCAACAAAUAUGGGAUUAUCCGGUAUCUCAAUGUGAUGAGAUCAGACGUGCUUAUAUCAAAUCCAGGCCAUAUCAACCCAAGGCUCUGAACAAUCAACGUUUUGAAACUGAUAAGAAUGGGCGUCGUUUUUUUGAUUCUUGGUACAAGUUAUUUCUGGAUUGGUUGGAAUACUCUCCAACAAAAAAUCGUGCAUUUUGCCUUCCAUGUUUUCUUUUUACUGAGCCAACUGGACACCCUGGAUCUAGUGUUUUUACAGUCGAGGGAUUUUCUUCUUGGAAGAAAGUCAAUGAAGGGAAGAAUUGUCCUUUGUUAUCGCAUAUGGGCAAGGAUCCUAACUCAUCGCAUAGAGUUGCUAUCCAAUGUUGUUGUGAUUUAACAAAUCAAGCGCAACAUAUUGAGGCAAUUAUUGAAAAACAAACUUCCAUACAAAUUGCUAGAAAUCGUUUGCGAUUGAAGACCUCGAUAGAUGCGAUUAAAUGGUUAACAUUCCAAGCCUGCGCUUUCAGAGGUCGUGAUGAACGCCACGAAUCUAACAACCGAGGGAAUGUUAUUGAGUUGAUAAAGCUCUUGGCUUCUUAUAAUGAGGAUGUGGCAGCAGUGGUUUUGGAAAAUGCUCCUCAAAAUGCUUCCUAUCAUUCCUAUGGGAUUCAAAAGCGGAUUCUUCGUGUUUUCUCUGAUAAGAUACAAAGAUUCAUUCGUGAGGAGAUUAAUGAUGGGAAGUUUUGCAUUCUAGUUGAUGAAUCUGAAGAUGAAUCGAAAAGAGAGCAAAUGGCAAUUGUUUUGAGAUUUGUUGAUAAAUAUGGUUUUAUAAAAGAGCAUUUCUUUGACAUAGUUCAUGUGUUAGAUAACACGUCGGCAACUUUGAAAGAAGAAAUUUGUAUUGUCCUUUCUCGUCAUAACCUUAGUGUGCAAAAUAUUCGUGGUCAAGGAUAUGAUGGUGCCAGUAACAUGUUUGAAGAAUAG